UCAGUUUUUGUCCACAUUCUCUGCAUGCCAUGUCUCUGAUCCAGAACCAGAAUCAUGGUUGGAAUCACGAAUCGGUUCAUGUUACAGAUCGGUUUAACCCUUCAUUCAGAAGGAAUGAGUCUUUUGGGUAUCACCCUCUUGAGCAGCACCACUACAACUACACCGUGAUGAUGGAGAGGAGGCAACGCUUCCUCAGAAGCUAUCAAUUCAGUCGGAAGAAGAGCCUCACUGAGAAAAUCAAAGGGUCUUUGAUUCGUGUAAAGAAAGUUCUGUGGGGAAGGCUGAGAUCUGCUAGGAGAGUCAAGAGAUUGGUGUUUUCCAUGUUCAGGAUCAAAUGCGGCUUCUAUCGCCGGAGAAGAUGGUUCUCGCGGCUUCUCAACGUUCACAAGUACCGCACCAGAACCGAUUUGGGUUGCUGUUAGUGGUAGCUAGAUAGGGUAGGAAUUAGGAAUAGGUGAAUGCUCAAUUUCAUCGUGGCAUUGGAUAAGUAGAUAAAGGAAAUACUCGCGCAAAUAUGACUGUCAAAUAUCGGUCAAGUUAGUUAUCGUUGACAUAUAUUUGACACGAUUGAAAAUCACGAGAGUAUUUUAAAAUUAACUUGCCCGACUCUUAUACUUUCGCGGGUAAUUUUGCAUUCGCUUCUAUAGGAAAUCACUGACAUACAUACACUAGUCAUCAGAAAAAUAAACCCUAUGAUAUUUGUCACAUUAAUUUUUAUUACAACUAUUAAGACAAAUUGGAAUACUAGUUAUAUACAGAUAUUAAUUAAUUGUUAGUGUUAUUCAUUUUUUAUUACUCUCAGCAGGGUACCUCUGUUCUGUCUAGCUUUGUAUUUUAACUGUGUUUGGAUUUAUGUGAAACUCAA